GCGCCUUAAAUAGGGAGCUUCCCUUGGCCAGCGCUGGAGCGGGCUGGACCGAGCUGCUGGGGCUUCAUCCAGGGCGAGGAGGAGGGACUGGAGGCACAGGAAUGUCGGUGGAGGAGGGAAAGCCACCACGAGGAGCAUCAUGUCUCUGUUCUAACUGAGCAGCCCUUAUGACCAACAUGAGCUGGAGCUUCCUCACCCGCCUGCUAGAAGAGAUUCACAAUCACUCCACCUUCGUGGGGAAGGUCUGGCUCACGGUGCUCAUCGUCUUCCGCAUCGUCCUGACGGCGGUGGGGGGCGAGUCCAUCUACUCCGAUGAGCAGAGCAAGUUCACCUGCAACACCAAGCAGCCGGGCUGCGACAACGUCUGCUACGACGCCUUCGCGCCGCUCUCCCACGUCCGCUUCUGGGUCUUCCAGAUCAUCAUGAUCUCCACGCCCUCCGUCAUGUACCUGGGCUACGCCAUCCACAGGAUCGCCCGCUCGGCCGAGGAGGAGGAGAAGCUCAAGGGCUUCAAGAAGAAGAAGCAGUUUGCCCUCAACUGGCAGGCCGUGCGCAACAUGGAGGACGCCAUGGAGGCCGACGAGGAGGAGCCCAUGAUCUCCGACGACGCGGCCGAGCACGACAAGGCCAUCAAGGCACAGCCCAAGGGCAAGGAGCAGCAGAAGCACGACGGGAGGAGGCGCAUCCAGCAGGAGGGACUGAUGAAGAUCUAUGUCUUCCAGCUCCUCACCCGGGCUUCCUUCGAGGUUUGCUUUUUGAUAGGGCAGUAUCUGCUCUACGGUUUCGAGGUGGAAGCUUAUUACGUCUGCAACAGGGUCCCUUGCCCCCACACCGUGGACUGCUUCGUGUCCCGGCCCACGGAGAAGACCAUCUUCCUCCUGGUGAUGUACGUGGUGAGCUGCCUGUGCCUGCUGCUGAACAUGUGCGAGAUGUUCCACCUGGGCUUCGGGACCAUCCGUGACGCCAUCCGCAACCGGAAAAUCAACAGCUUCCGGCAGCCGCCCUACAACUACGCCUACCCCAAGAACAUCUCCUGCCCUCCCGAGUACAACCUGGUCGUCAAAUCCGAGAAGUCCACCAAGAUCCCCAACAGCCUGAUGGCCCACGAGCAGAACUUGGCCAACGUGGCUCAGGAGCAGCAGUGCACCAGCCCCGACGAGAACCUGCCGGCCGAUCUGUCCACGCUGCACAAGCACCUGCGGGUGGCCCAGGAGCAGCUGGACAUCGCCUUCCAGAGCUACAGCAGCACCCAGGCCAACACGCAGCCCUCUCGGACCAGCAGCCCCGCCUCGGGGGGCACCGUGGUGGAGCAGAACAGGGCCAACACCGCCCAGGAGAAACAAGGUGCUAAGCCCAAGGCCUCGCUGGAGAAAGGCAGCUCCAGCAGCAAAGACGGGAAGACGUCCGUGUGGAUAUAACUGUGUCAGGAAGGCGUGAGCGGGGUUUUGAUUUUGGUUCCUUUCUGGUUUUCGGUGUUAUCUCGCGUUUGUUUCGCAGGGCACGGUUUUUGUGUGGAAGUCAAGAGAGUAAAAAGGAGUUUCGGACCAGUUUAGUGCUGUCUUCCAGUUAACAAAAGACAUUUCUUCCCUGUUUCCAACGUGUUCUCCUGCUGGGAACCUCCAGUGAGUAACAGCAAACCCUCCCCACCUCCCAGCCCCUGGCUCAGCAGCAGAGCCCCCAGGAGAGACUGGACAAUGUGCUGUGCUGGGAAGAGGAGCUGCUGGUGGCUCAGGAGGGAAGUGAGGCUGACAGGGAUCAGCCACCCUCCUGCACGGCAAGGCUCGAGUGCUGCAGGCCAGGCAGUGUUUAAUUACUAAACACCCUUAAUCAAACUAAUUCCUGAUCCUUUGGUAAGAAAACCACUGACAUAUUGCAGGGACCUUCAUGGCAGGCUGACAGCUGAUGGCCUGCCUGGGCUGGCAGAUGCCAAUGGAGGCCUCGUUGGAUGCUGUGAGCCAGAGCUGGCACCCAAGUCGGGUCUGGGGCAGGAACACAGCGAAUGGACCCAAAACCAGCACAGGACUGAAGGUUUCAUCUUUCCUUCCUCUGCUCCAAACCCUCCGGAGCAGCAGCGAGCAGUGACAUUGCAUCCUACUGGUGCCUGCGUAGCACUUGCUACAGAUGUGAUGGGAAUUGUUGCAGUUACAGGGUUUUUAACAAACUGCUGCUUCACAUCAUCAGAAAGUGCCUUUAUGCAACCAGGAAAACAAAAGUGUAAAGGGUUGAGGCUCUUUUACUUGCUGAAUUUUAAGCAAUCGGCAUCGGCAAAUUUGUUUUUCUGAUUAAUCGAGGAAAAGCACUGUUGGCAAAUUUGUUGUUUUUCUGAUUAAUCAAACCCUUACAAAUA